AUGUCGGCCGCUCAGGGUGGAGGAGACUCCAAGUUGUUUGCCAGGGGCAAGGUAGCCGAGCUUAGGCUCGAGCUGAACAGCGGCGGCAAGAAGGACAAGAACAAUGCGAACAAGAAGAUCGCCCUCAAGAAGAUUGUCGCCAACAUGACCAUGAGCAACAAUGACAUGGUUGCCUUGUUCCCCGACAUCAUCGGCUGCAUGCAUAUCCAGAGUCUGGAAAUCAAGAAGAUGUGCUUCUUGUUUUUGGUGAACUAUGCCAGAAUGCGACCCGAGAUUGCAGUUCAGGCGAUCCCAGUACUAGAGCAGGAUAUGGAAGACCACAACCCUCUCGUCAGAGCGCUUGCACUCCGAACGAUGUCCUACAUCCACGUACGCGAAUUCGUCGAAGCGACUGUUCCACUGGUUAAGCACAUGCUGAAGGAUGCCGACCCAUACGUGAGGAAGACGGCAGCGUUUUGCGUCGCGAAGCUCUACGACCACGAUCGACGAAUGGUUGAGGGUUCCGAUUUGAUCGACAGAUUGAAUACCCUGCUCAGAGACGACAACCCUACGGUUGUUGCCAGCGCUUUGGCGUCUCUGAUGGACAUCUGGGAGCGCAGCGAUGCGAUCAAGCUCACCAUCGACUACAGCAAUGCCUCAAAAAUGGUGGCCAUCUUGGCGGACUGCUCUGAAUGGGGCCAGACGUACAUCCUCGAGGCGCUCAUGUCAUACGUGCCGCAAGAUGGAAACGAAGCUCUUCUCCUGGCGGAGCGUAUCACACCACGCCUAUCACACUCCAACUCUGCUGUCGUUUUGACGUGUAUCCGUGUCGUUUUGUAUCUCAUGAACUACAUCGCCGACCAAAGACAUAACGCGGCGCUUUGCAAAAAGCUGUCGCCGCCCCUGGUAACGCUUCUCGCAAAAGGACCCGAAGUGCAAUACCUGGCCUUGAGGAAUGCUCUCUUGAUUCUGCAGCGUCGGCCCGAGGUCUUGCGCAACGAUAUCCGCGUCUUCUUCUGCAAGUACAACGACCCCAUCUACGUCAAGGUCACGAAGCUGGAGCUCAUUUUCAUGUUGGCCAACGAGAACAACAUUGACGAGGUGCUCACCGAACUGCGAGAGUACGCCACCGAGAUCGAUGUACACUUUGUGCGCAAAGCCGUGCGAGCCAUAGGAAAGCUCGCCAUCAAGAUCGAACCGGCAGCAAGGCAGUGUAUCAACCUGCUCUUGGAGCUGGUCGCGACCAAGGUUACGUACAUUGUGCAGGAGGCCACGGUCGUUAUUAGAAACAUCUUCCGCAAGUACCCCAACCAGUACGAGUCCAUCAUCAGCACCCUGUGCGAGCACCUCGACUCUCUCGACGAGCCGGAGGCCAAGGCCGCCAUGGUGUGGGUCAUUGGCCAGUACGCGGACAGGAUAGAGAACAGCGACGCCCUCCUGGAGGACUUCCUGUACUCCUUCGCCGAGGAGCCCGUGGAGGUCCAGCUGGCGCUGCUCACCGCCACCGUCAAGCUCUUCAUCCAGAGGCCGACAAAGGGCGCGGAGCUGGUCCCGAAAGUGCUCAAGUGGGCUACGGAAGAGACGGACAACCCCGACCUCCGCGACCGCGCGUACAUGUACUGGCGCCUCCUGUCCACCGACAUCAACGCGGCCAAGAAGAUCGUCAUGGGCGAGAAGCCCGCCAUCACGGCCGAGUCGGAGCGCCUCGACCCCGCGACCCUCGAGGAGAUGUGCCUCAACGUCGGCACGCUCGCCACCGUCUACCUCAAGCCCGUGCAGACCGUCUUCCGCUCCGCCCGCCCGCGCAAGCUCAUCGACUCGCCCGCGCUGCAGAAGCACCUGCUCCCGACGUCGAUCGAGAACCAGAAGAGUCUCAGCAUGCUCGGCAUGGGCGGCCAGGCGCAGGACAUCAACAUGCACAGCCAACACGUCAACAAUGCCGCUGCGGGCGGCGACGAUGCCAACGGCAACCUCGCCCAGGCCGUCAGCGACGCGGACGCCUACUUCUCCAGCAUCGGCCCGCAGCAGAUGGCGGCGAUGCGGAUCGACCAGGGCGACGCGUUCGGGGACACGUCGGGCUACGAGACCGGGUACGUCGUCAACCAGCACGCGCCGCAACAGAUUGUGCAGCCGGCGCAGGGAGGCAACGGGGACCUACUUGUGCUAUGA